AUUAGUUUACCCAGUGAAGGUUUUCUUUGACACGAGUUCAUACUUUUCUUAUCUUCUAGAUUCUUUCACAUGAGAUUUCUUUCUUUGUAGUUUCAGCUCUAAAGGUCUCAUCUUUCUAUUCUUAUAUCGCAACUUCCUUUUCUUCUUCCUUUUCUUCUUCUUCUUCUCUUGAGUUCUUCUUUUUUCGUAUGAGAUUUCUUUCUUUGCUAUUCAGAGAGGGUUCCAGUUCUAAAAGAUCUUUGGAAUGGGCUUGACAAAAUGGAGCAGAGAAGUAAUGGUGUUUCUGCUCUGUAUUUUUGUAUUGGUGAUUUUGAAAGAAGUGGAAGCUUAUAGAGAUGAGAAGCCAGGAAGAAUAUUGCAUUUUGAAUCAGGGAGGAUUUUGGUGGAGAAUGGGAACAUUUCAGAGUCUGUUUUAACCCGUCGAACCGAAAGAGUUGAUCCUUUGGAUGACUUGAAGAGAUACAAAGGAGGCUUUAACAUCACAAAUAAACAUUAUUGGGGUUCAGUUAUCUUUACUGGCAAAUUUGGGUACUUCAUCGGAGCGGCAUGGCUCGUUGGUGGCCUCAUUUAUGCUGCAAUUUUGAUAAUAUCAUCACUUUGCUUCAGCAAACAAGGAAGAUAUGAGAGAAAGAGGCCAAACUCCUUCAACAAGGUUUAUAAUUGGCCUCUUCUCUUAGCAAUUUCAUUAACCUUUCUAGCUAUAAUUGCAUCUGGAGUGGCACUUGGUGCUAGCUCUAUGUUUCAUUCUAGAGCCAAAACAAUCAAAAACAUUGUGGUGAAUGCAACAAAUAAUGCAUCAGGGACGAUAUACACAGUGACGGAGGCUGUCGAAAACCUGCAAAAUGCUACCGAGUUUAGCCAAAAUGUACAAGGGUCAAGCAACAUAGUUUCGACAUCAAAAAAGCUUAAUGAUGAUACUAGAAGAAUAGAGAGGAAGGCUGAUAGGAUCAUGCGCUGGGUUGGAAAAGGUCUCAAUAUUCUAAAUGCAGUCACUGUCAUAACUAUUUCUUUGAAUUUAGUAGCCAUUCUUGCAUUGCUGGGAGUUCUAAGGCUUCCUCGAAUUUUUCGAAUGCUUAUCAUUCUUUGCUGGCUGUUGAUAAUCCUCCUAUGGGUCUACUUUGGACUUUAUUAUUUUUUUGGAAAAUUUGCCGGCGAUGUUUGCUUAGCUCUAGAUGAAUAUAAACAAAAUCCAGAACAAAGCACAUUAAGCUCAAUUCUUCCUUGCAAUGAUCGUGGCUCGGCGGCGAAAGUGUUGCAUGAUGUUAGCGGCCGUGUUUAUGAUUUAAUACAGAAGGUGAACUCAAACAUAACAUCCUUGAAAUCAUCAAUUUCAGAGCUAGAAUAUAUCUGCAAUCCAUUUUCAGGGCCACCUGAAUACACCUAUCAGCCACAAAAUUGUUCUUCAGAUACUAUCACUGUAGGACAAGUACCCCAGCUUAUAGAGAACUAUGCGUGCUCGGCGAACGACAGUGGAGGCUGCAGGCCUGGGGAAUUCAUUCCUGCUGAUGUUUAUGGCGCACUCAAAAACUAUUCAAAAUCUAUGCAGGAUAUCCUUGAUUCAUAUCCAGUAAUGAAGAGCCUGAUAAAUUGCCAGUUAGUGAAGGAUGCCUUCUCUAAUAUACUACUCAACCAUUGCAAACCAUUGAAGAAAUAUGUGCAUAUGUCAUGGGCAUCAUUGGCAGCUCUCUCAACAAUCAUGGUGAUUCUCAUUUUCAUCUGGGAAUCAAAAGCCCGUCGAGAUCAUAAAUUUCGAUCUUCCGAUGGAUCGGUGAAGCCCAGUUCGACCCCUACGGAAUCAGUUGAAGUUGAUGCAACUCAAAUGGCUCACAAUGAUAUGGAACAUAUGCUAGAAAUGAAGGAAUAAGAGAGAUAUAUACACUGUUAUAGAGUUAUAUAGUAUGACUUUGCGGGAAAAAAAAAUACUAUAUACUUUUUUAUUGAUUCUUCAACAAGAUAAUGUGAGCAUUAGGGGAUGGAGAUGGAUAAAAAGAUGCUGUCCACCCUAAAAAUCUUUCUUUGAUAUUCUUCUUUCUGUAAGCUUGUUGGAUCAUAAAAAUAUACAGGGAAUGAGAACACAGCUUAGAGUUGUUUCAUUUGUAUUUAUUUGUAAAUAUGAAGCAAAUGGCUUUAAAGAGAAAGGGAUGAUUGUUUUUUUCUCCACAAGGUUUUCUUCCAUGGUGUAAACUUUGUUCUUAACAUACAGAAUUGCUAGUUGUAUUCA